AUGACGUCACCGAGGCCCCACCCCUCCGGAGCGAGUUCGGUCCUGGCGUUCAUUUCAUUCCUGUCCUCAUUCCGCACAUUCUUCGCAUCGCUCGCGCCGUGCCGCGCCGCCCGAGCCGAGCCGAGCCUCCGCGGCCCCGCCGCCCGCCGCGAGCGCCCCCCAGCACUUCGCACACUCGCUUCCAGCCCGCGGGGAGUCCGCGCGCCGGGGCCCGGGCCCGGGGCGGCCGCGGCGGGGCGCAGGCCAUGCGCUGACCCCCCAGCGCGCAGCCGCGCAGCGUCGCCCGAGUGCGGGCAGCUGCCCCGGCGCGCCCUGCCCGUCCCGGGAGCCGGCGAGGCCGGGCUGGGGCGGCCCGGCGCGGGAGCACCGCGGGGAGGACCGGCUGGAGUAGCGCGGGGGCGGCGGCCCAGCGCCCCGAAGUUUGCCGCGCCCGCUCGGGCGGCCGAGGUAAGUUGCGCGCCGGGCGGACUCGGGGGCGCGGGCUGCCUAGGCGUCACCGCAGCCGGCGCUUUGUGUGCGGCUCCCGGUGCUCCCGGAGCUCCCAGAGGGGAGCGGCGGCGUCGCCCUGCAAGUUGGGCCGCGGCCCCGCGCGGCAACAGGCGGCCCCGCUCGCCUCUCCCGCGCGCCCCUCUCUCCCGCGCUCCGCGCUCCGGCCCGGGGAGCGCCGACUUGGGCGCGAUCGCGGGUGGGGAGAGCGUCCGGCGCGCAGCCCGGCGCCUGCAGCCCGGCGACUCCCCCGGCGCCCGGCCCCUUCGGGGUCCGCGCCGACCCGGGCUCCUCCUCCCGGGAGAUGAAAGAGGGCUCUCUCGCCCUUGCCGCCUCUCCAGCGCUGCCGCCGCCGCCGCCGCCGCCGCUCCAGUGCACAUUCAAGUGGAAAAUUUUCAGGAGUCAGCAGAAACAUUGUGUCCAAAAAAGACUGAGUCGCACUUACCACCAAACCCGAGGGCCGACUCUCCCUGGAAAACUUCCCCUCGGUAG